AUGUCCACACUUUCCAACACCUUGGGCACUCGGCCUCCAGAGCAAAUUUGGACCCUGCGGGUUACUAGCGCUCGAAGCAAAUCCUUGACGGCAACACUUUGCAACGAAGUGGAGCUGUCAACCUGCACGAAUCUUCACACCGCGCCCUGCAGUGCAGUGCCCAAAGGAUGGCAGUUGCACCUGCUGCGAUGUGUGGAGCCAUCGUUAGAGAUCGCCUCGAGGGGCGCGAAGCUCUUCCAGCUGCUCGGUCUUGAGGCGGUGAGCGAAGAAGAGCUCGAGGCCGUGGCGUUCCGCAAGCUUCUGUCUGUGGCGAAGGUGGGUGCAGAGUCGCAGGCAGGGUUCGACGCCAAGACCUACUGGUGUGCUAUGGCUGUCCUCCGUCGGAGCUAUCUGUUGGGUCGGUCUGCGCCGGCACCGGGUUGGGCCAGCCUUCGUGGGGCCGUAGCAUUGCUCUCUGACUCCCAGCAGAUGAUUCCCGCACCCCAGCUUCGGCUCUGGUCCUUUCUGGGCAUUGAGCUGAGGCUGCCCACCUCCAUCAUCAGCAACAUCUGCACCAUCGCCGGCAUCGAGCAGAUCGACCCGGGGCGCAGCCCGCAGCCUUUCGUGGAGAGGGCUGCAGCGCCUCCUGCCAGCCUAGGCAUCGUGAUGGAUCCCCCGGCAGAUGAGUGGCACCUGGGCUGGGAGAUUUUCCUGCGCAACGUGUUCGGCUGCCAGCCAAUGGAUCCCUUCGCCACACCUGUGCCUGGGGGUCCACCUCUGGCUGAAGGCUUUGUGGAGGCUCUCCUGCGUCUUGGAGACCUCCUGGCCUCCGGCAGCUUCUGGCGGAAGGUGCAAGGCAAGCCGACUGGAUUGGCAUACCUGGCCGAUGUCAUGAUGCUAGGACAGUUCUCAGAGGCAGCCCGCCUUCGGCGAGGCUUCCUGCGGCGUCUCGCAGUUCGGAGUGCCUCUUACGAUGCGGGGCGUCAGCUGGUGCUUCAGGACCUUUUCGUCAAAGAGGUGUUUCAAGGUACUGCUGGCUGCUAUCUGCCCUACAUGGAUUCCCUCCCGGACGACCCGCGGGUUUUGGCCUUGCUGAAAUGGUGCGGUGUGUCCGCUACGAUGGAUCAGGCGAGCUUGAUGAAGGCGUUGCGGUUUGUCCGGGAGACGCAGGUCGAAGACCUCGGCUUGGUUUCUGAGCUCUACCGGCUGCUUCACGAACGUGAUUUUGUUCCCGGCAGUGAGAAGAUGUUUUUGGUGCCUGGCAAAGGCUACUUGGCGAAGGAGGAUUGCGUUUGGAAGCCGUUCAGCACUGAUCUGCUGCAGAAGUGCUGCAACCUGGAGGUCCUAUUGGAGCACUACAGCCGAUUUGGGAUGGGAGUCAGGCAAGCUCUCACCUCCUGGGUCCUGGAGAAGCCCGAGCACUCUGCCACACAGUUGUGUGAGGCUCUUCUCCAGGCCAUCGACUGCUCGCGAGCUCAUCCGUUUCGACCAGAGCGCAUGGCUGGCAAAGUGCCUAUCCAUGCGCAGACAGCAGCCUCCCAGCUGUUUCCCGCAGCCAAGAAGGUCGUGGAGGAGCUGGUGAAGCUCUGCGUGGGGGAGGUGGAUCCGAUUGGUGGUUUCGUGCGAUUCCAGCCGCCAGUCGGCGGAAACAAGCGUCCGGAGACAACGGUGUUCAACCACUUCGUCCAGCACCGCAUGAUCGUGAUUCCUGGCUUUGAUGUGCAAUGCAGGAUUCUGACGAUGAGCGAAGCCUACUGGUCGGUGGACGCCCCGUUGCACGGAACCCUGGCCGAGGAGUCUGCACUGGAGAAGCACUACGGCCAGGGUGAAGAAAGGGAGGCGGCUUACCAAUUCUUCACGGAAGUGCUGAGAGUCAAGCCGAUCCUGUCGGCCGCUGACUGGCAUCAGAUCCAGUUGAACCAGGCCCAGUCACGAUCCAUGACGAUGGACGACGGGGUGGACGACCCAAUCCAGGAGGGCUUGCGCAUCUUCGCCGCCAAGGCGCCGUCACCGACACCCGUGCCUUUGGAUCUUAAUCGUGCACUCCAGGCAGCCUACGAUCGCGUGAACCACUCCCAGCCUCCAGAAGAGGGCCCGGAAUCCGGGGGAUCCCAAAGCUCCUCUUGGAAUCAAGGGCCUCGGAUUUGGCGGCACGUUGGAUUCCUGGGCAGCCAUCAGCACAGCUUCCCACUUUUUGCAGCAAACGACGUGCAGCCGCCAAUGGUGGAAACAUCUGACGAUGAAAUCCAGCUUCUGUUACAGCUCUGUCGCCAGUUCGGCCUCUAUCCAGAGCAUCUGGCUUUUGCCUACGAUCCUUCCGGGCUCAGCGUGGGCCGGGAGAGAAUGUUCUUGGACGUGAAGUACCUGCAACGAUCAAGGCUGCUCAACGCCCAGGCUGGCUACGAAGCCAUGGUCUCCUAUUGGAGUGGCAAGUUCGCCAAGCUGGUGGCGAACCGUGGCCCCUGGAUGCGCACGGUAGUCAGGGUUGUGCGGAGUUCCAGGUAUCGGCAGAUCGCUUAUUAUGAGGAACUGUCCUACAAGAUUCAUGAUUCAUGA